GCGAGAUCUUAAUUGUUGUAGAAGCGCGAAUGUUAGCGGUGUUCAUUUUAAAGGCUUUUACCGAUCCAACUACAAACUAAGCACCCCACACGAACCCACACCCACACCCGAAACAAAACUAAGGGAACCGUAUUUCUCCGCCAUGAAGAAGAGCUCCACGCUGACCACGACCACGUCGAUGCCGGCGAGUCCGACGCUCUCGGCGCAGACGCUCUCCGCCAGCAAGAUCAGCCUGAACAGCAGCCGGUGCGGCUCGGCGGGAUCGGGAUGCGGAUCCGCAUCCGGUUCGAUGCGCUCCGCCUGCCAAUCCCCGGUGCGGCCGGGGAGCGGAUGCGUGGACGCCAUCAAGGCCAAGCGCGAGGAGAUCGAGAUGGACACGCUGCUCGAGAAGGCAAAGUUCUAUACCUCCGUGUGCCUUGGUACGACUGCCAUUUUGUCGGUGUUCACAUUCCUCUUCCUGAUACCCUUCGUCGUGGACCCCGCCAUCUCAACGAUCAUAGCCGACUAUGAUCCAGUGCCGGUGACCUGCAUCGUCAUCGACCACAUCUACGCGGAGGGCAUCAAGAACUGCAGCUGGAGCUCCUGCCGCGAGGGCUGCACCUCAUCACUCACCAAGUGCCAUCAGUUGUUUGUCAACUAUACGCGCAUCCCGUUCAGCGAAUGGGAGCGCAAUCCUCGGGACCUAGACACGGUCAACUGGGAUGUGAGCUACACCAAGUUUCUGAUCAACUCAGAGGGUUGUGGCUAUCCGCCCACGACCAAUUGCAGUAUAUUUGCCAGGCAAUAUGGGUUCUCGCACAUCGGAGAGCCCUUCCCCUGCUACUACAGCAGGGCGUAUCCGGAGGUGGUCAUCGGUCGGUACUCGUGGGAGAAUAACCUAUACCACCUGAUCCUGUCGCUGAUUAUACCGAACGUGCUCUUCGCCAUCUCGAUCGGGGUGCUCAGCUAUUGGUACUGCCCCUGCUGCGAGAAGGCAUGCAACAAAUCCUCGCGGGUCUACGCCGAGAAGUUCCCGACCAAGGAAGAGAUCGUUAACUGCAUGAAAUGUAACACGGAAAAGUCGUUGUCCUUGAAUGUAUUUUGAAUAUGAUCUAAUCAAGCGCGAGUGCCCGACCUUUGAUCCCCAGAAAUGUAUUGUGAUAGGUUAAGUGCGAUGGUAUCUGCUAUAAUCCCUGGAUCCCUCGAUCCAGUUAUCUUGCACAUAUUGUGUGGCACCCAGUCCUAGCUAGUCCACUGAAAAAACAAAACACCCGCAUCUAUUUGAAGCCCAAUACAAAUUGUUACUCUGCAGUGUCCUUAGCAAUUACUGCCCUUCUUAAUAUUUCCAAUCGUAGUCUUGUUUUCUUAAUCGCACAAAACCAAAAUACCAUUCGAAAUGAAUUUUGUAUGGUUUAUAAACACGAUCACUCAAAAAAAAAGAAGAAAUACAAUCAAAACUAACAAGAAAUAUACUCAAAAUAUUAAAGGUUUAGGCUCAAGCAAUACAGAUAAAAAAAAAAAGGUUUCUUUCAGGCAAACAAAACUUAGUUAACACUCGGGAUCGCAGCAUUUCCCUUUUUUCUAUAAUCUAUAAUGAUAUAAUAACAUAUCGAAUACCCUCAAGUUUUGACGAUCUUAUACUAGAAUGUCUUUAGAAAAUGUUUUGCAUGCUUUUCUUUUGAUCUAUAAUGAAUGUUUGUUAAUUUCGAUUCUAGCUAGAAUGGCAUGAUCCGUUUAUCCCAAUAUAUUUAGCAUAUUAUAUAACGCUUUUAUCUGACUAGCAUUGAUUAAGAAAUCUGUUCCAAUCGCAUUCCAAUUCUAGCAAACUUCUGUGUCACAGUGACGAAGAUGAUGAUAUGGAAUACUAGCAAAAAUAAUAUUAGUUAACGCCCUUAACAAAUAGCAAAUUCAACUUUGUAGUCUGUACCACACAUAGCUUACCUAGAUAUAUAUAUAUAUACAAGCAUAUAGAAUUCCAUUUGCCAUCACAUCGGACGAUAUAUAUAUUUAAAUCAAGCGGAGCAUCGCCGAAGGAGUAACUUUAUCUCAGCCAUUUUAUUAAACAUUUGUGCGCUCAAGAGAUUUGUUAACAUACACUUUGCCAUCAUAUUGUUAUGCUAGUUAUAUGGAAAUUUGGUUGCUUCAAUGGCUUUUUUGGAGGCGGCAGCGAUGCUCCAAUCUCGACUUCGAUUUUCACAGAGAUAAUACCAAUACCAAUUAAUGAGUCGCUUGUUUUCAACAAAUUGUGAUAGUAGUCAUAAAAAUAUUAAGUAAAUUCGUAAAACUAACUAAAACGGAAGCGAAAACCAAAGAAACCAAUCAAACAAACAAUUGUAUAGAACCGAAUCCGCUCCAGGCCGCUCCAAAGCACGGCGAAGAUUCAUAGAAACGGGGCGGUACGAACUCCAGAACGAAAUAAACCCAGAAAGAUAGAUUUACCACAAGAUACCAGAUACAAUCCAUUGGGGAUAAGCAGCGGAACCAAAUUAUUCACUCACACACGCUCACAUUGGGACACUCUCAACAUUUUUGAAAUAGUUUUAACGAUCUUAUCUAAAAACCAACAUCUAAACGGAUUAUAACAGUAUAUAUAUAGACAUGUAUAUAUAUAUAGAUAUAUACGUAUACAUAUAGCUUAGCAGAACCGAUAUAACGCACGUUGCUUAUGAGAAUUUUUUAAAUCAUACAAACCAAACCGAAGAACAAACCAAUUUGAAUGCAAUUUUUUACUUAACGUGUCUUUAUCAAUAAACAAAUUAAACCAG